AUGAGGAGGAAACGAAUAGGCGCCUAUGUCGGCAUAGAUCCCACCGCCAGCUCCUUACACGUUGGCCAUCUCCUCCCGCUCAUGCCGCUCUUCUGGAUGUACAUGCACGGAUAUACGGCCGUCACCCUACUCGGCGGGUCGACAGCCAAGAUCGGAGACCCAACCGACAGGUUGCAGAGCCGAGAAGCCAUCUCCGCGGCCGAGAUGACCAUGAACUUGACCAAGAUGCACUACCAGACGAGGAAGCUGUGGCAGAACGUGGAAGACCAUGCCCGGAGGCUAGGCUACGAGAAGCAAUGGGCGUGGAAGCGGGCGCUGGUGAACAACCAUGCUUGGUGGAACUCGACGCCGCUCCUCGACAUACUGAAGAGGCUGGGCAACUCGAUACGGAUAGGGCCUCUCCUGUCCCGCGACACUGUCAAGCAGAAAAUGGCCAAGGGCGACGGCUUGUCAUAUGCCGAGUUCACCUACCCAAUCAUGCAGGGCUGGGAUUGGUUCAAGCUGCUCUCGAUGCAGAAAGUUCAGAUGCAGAUCGGCGGCUCGGACCAGUUCGGAAACAUCGUCACAGGCAUCGACAUUGUCAAGGCAGCACGCGCAAAUGAGCCGGACCCCAGCGCCCGCCUCCCUAUGGAAGACGAGUACGACGAUCCUGUAGGCUUCACUGUGCCUCUGCUCACCGACUCUUCUGGCGUCAAGUUCGGCAAAAGCGCCGGCAACGCCAUCUGGCUCGAUCAUUUCAAGACGUCCGUGUUUGAUCUCUACGGCUACUUUGUGCGGCGGCCGGACGAGGACGUCGAGAGGCUGCUCAAGCUCUUCACGUUCCUUCCCCUGGAAAAGAUCCAGCAGAUAAUGGACGAACACAAUCUCGACCCGUCGAAGCGUGUUGCCCAGCAUCUCCUGGCGGAAGAGGUGGUGACGCUGGUCCAUGGCCUCCCAGAGGCGAAGAAGGCGCGCGAGCAGCAUCGACAGAUGUUCGGCGGCGGCCCGCCCCCAACCGCCGAAGAGCAGGCGGCUUCGGCCAGCGAGAUUGCGGCCUCGGAGGACCAAUACGUGUCGGUGAAGGGCCAUCCGACGACGCCUAACAACGCGCCCAGGAUUGACAUGAUCCUCCCCGAGUCGCUGGUCAUGGGCAAGUCCAUUGGCCGCAUCCUGUACGCCGCGGGCCUGUCGAACAGCGCCAGCGAGGGCCACAGGCUCGCCGCCCAGAAGGCCGCCUACAUCGGGGCCGCGCCGGGCGACCAGGGCCGCAGCAUGACGCCGUCGCAGGUCACCUUCUCCCCCGUCAAGCUCUGGUUCCCCGAGGAGACGAAGCACUACCUCAUCGACGGCAAGAUCCUCAUCCUCCGCAAGGGCAAGCACAACAUCCGUGUCAUCGAGAUGGUGAGCGACGAAGAGUACGAAAAGUCGGGCCAGCAGUACCCCGGCCAGCCCGGCACGGGCAAGGUCCGCCUGCUCCGCCAGCACCUCAAGGAGAUCAGGUCAGGGAAUGUGAGCAGAGAGGACGUGCUGGCCGCCCUGGAAGCCGACGAGGCCGACGCUAGCGCCGAGGACUCGGACCCCACCACCCUGAAAUUUCCUGAGGAGAAGAGCCGCCAGCGGCUCGAGACGGAAGCCGAGCUCCAGGAGCUGACCAAGUUGGACAAGAAGCCGUACGAGUGGUGA